GAACUAUAUUUAGCUGUGGUUGAUAGGCGAGCUCUCCGCCCUUUCACAGAAAUCUCCUUUAUUCACCCCUCUCCUCAAAGAUGAUUAUCAAAAUACGACCAAUUGAGGCGGAGAACAGAGGUGGAGCAUCCUAACAAUGUGGGAAACUCUGUCAAUAUAUAGAACCCUCGGACAGAGCUUCCAGCAUGUUCCCCCAAGAGCUCGAACCGCCUACAGCAUCCUCGCGAAGAAGUUGCAAGAAUGAGUCUGUCAGAUAAAGAGAAAAACACUGUGAAGGACUUCUUCGCGAAGGUGGUUUCUCGGUCCGACGAUAUUGGAAAUGAGUCUCUCACGAGACUUCUGGUGGUGUACCCUCAAACCAAGUCCUACUUUGCACACUGGAAGGAGACAACACCUUAUUCAGCUCCUGUGAAGAAGCAUGGCAUCACCGUUAUGGGAGGUGUCUAUGAGGCCGUCAGUAAAAUCGACGAUCUCAAAGCUGGACUGCUGACCCUGAGUGAACUUCAUGCCUUCAUGCUCAGAGUGGACCCUGUCAACUUCAAGCUUUUCAACAAUUGUCUUCUGGUGGUGCUGAGCAUGCUCUUUCCGGAUGACUUCACCCCCCAGGUCCAUGUAGCCGUUGACAAGUUCAUGGCCCUGCUGUCUUUGGCCUUGGCAGAGAAGUACCGUUGAUCAGUAUACUUGUGUACUUGAUGAAAUAAAGUUCAACGAUGCAAAUUCA